AUGGAGAAGCAGCUGCACGUUAUCGCGUCGGAUUUUGUGGCGUUUUAUCGUGAAUUGUCAAGGCAUUCUCUACUGACGCCAGAGAGGCUUAACAUGGAUGCGUUCCAGGCCAUAUUUGACCGCAUGCACAUGGAGUAUCUGCACUACGCCGGGUCAAGCUCUACGCAACCGUUCCAUGUGGAGGUGGUUGAAAAUGUGCUUCAACUUGCUGCAGCGUAUCUUUCGCUACCGACGGAUGUGAGUCCAAGCAGUCGUGCCUUUGGUCUGUACCUUGUCUUCUUUCUCUAUGCGUCGCAGCCAUCCAUUGACACGUCACCGGUGAAGGUGCGUGUGGCGCGUGGGACUCUGCAGAGCUACUUGGAUGAUAUUGCCGAUAGUGUGGAGGAUGCCGAUCCGCAGCCGGCCUUUGCCGCUCAACUAAGUCGUCGCGUGACAGAUGGUGAGAAACGAAUACUUCUCGCACUCCACAAGGCAGGGGCGUGGCAUAUCAUGCCCUUUGUUGACAUCUCCGUGCACUUGCAGACAUUACUGAAGGUGCACGAUGCGGAAGGCGUCCCGUUGGGGCGGGGUGGUGCAAAAGUACAGCGUCAGCAGCAUCAGAUGACAAAUGCGGUUGUGUCGGAUACCGCCUUAUCAAGGGAAUUAGAGGCGUAUGAGGCGAUGAAACGGCGCCUGGGCCUAAACGAUGCCCUAGGGGGAAACUGA